GUUGACGGCGCGUUUUUAUGGUGUUACAUGGAGGGAUAAAAUGCUGUCAUUUCAUGGCAAUGGAAGAUCUCAGAUCUCACUGUCAAAAACUCAGGAUCUCAGGUGAUUUUCCCUCUGUUUGCCCACUGAGCAAAUGCAAGAAAAAGAAGUGAAAAUUUUCAUUAUUGGGAGCUCUGAAAACGAAGAUCUCCAUUUGAAUGUGGUCAGGGCUCCCAUUUGGCUUCGUUUUGCGGUCCAUUUUUCUCCGUUUUCUCGGCAGCCAAAUGGAGGGGAACAGACAUUAGGAAGUUUCUAUGUUUAAAUUGUUUGGAUUCAUAGAUUCAAACUUCUCAUUUAAAUGCAUUGCCUUCACAUGAUGUACAUUAUUCACAAUGCUUUACUACUCAAGCUGCAUUAUUUACUGAUUGCUUGAUGAUCUUUGAGGUUUCAUCGUGAUGGGGAUGGAUCAUUACCAAAGGGAAUGGCCCAGCAUCUGAUGUGGGGUGAACUGUGAUUGAGAGAGUGGCUGGGUUUUUGAAGCUUAGUGCUGGAAUCAUCAGAUAGUUUGAGAAUGACAGGGUUUGCGUUCACAGCAUGGACCAAUGCUUGGAGGGCCUUGGACCUAAUCGGCAUUGGGGACUCUCUCUGUCAACAACAUUACCGGCUUCAGGGAUAAGUGUUGAUCGAAUGUGAUGGAGUGAACUCAGUGGUGGCAAAAUGGUGGGCUUCCAGGAGCCAUCUUUUGCAGGGCGAACUUCAAUGAGGGGUGUUAAAUAUUUCAGUAGCAGUCAUGGUUUUGAGCUCAAAGUCCUCCAUUUAUUUGGGAAAGGAAUACGGGCUGGGUUUAUCCCUUAUGAUGAUAAGAAUGUGCAUUGGGUUUUCGCCUGCUGUUCUUCCAGCCAAGAGAAAGAGAUGGAAGGUGACCCAGCUAAGGUGAAGCAGUUUGUACUGGACAAUCUUGGGAAGGUCCCUGAUGAGCUAAGAGAAAUUGUAGAAAGCACUGGGUUGGAAACAAUUAUAUCAGCAAGAUUGAGAUACAGAAAACCAUGGGAGCUGCAGUGGGGGAGUAUCAGCAAAGACAAUGUCUGCGUGGCUGGUGAUGCAUUGCACCCCAUGACACCAAACUGUCUGCAUUCCUGGCUGGUGUGCUGCUGAAGAGAGCUAAUUUUGAUUGUGGGUAGCUCAGCAUUUCUUGAUGCAGCCAUUAACUAUAUAUUUUCUGUUUGUUUACUGUGAUUCUCAAUUCCAUUCUCCCAGAUGAAAUGGAGGAUAGUUUCUUCUUCUUUGAUGAUGUUUAUGAAUCUGAGAGGGUGUGAGAAUUCAUACAUGUUGAGAUCAA